AUGAAGCCGUCAGCCGAGAAACCAGCAACAGUCCGAAAUGGUACAUGUUCACCGUCAACACGGUACUAUUCCACGUCGUCAUCGUCCUCAUCGAACACCAGCAACCAGCUCACACCUCCAGCAUCCAUAUCGCUGAACACGUCAACCACUGCUUCAUCCUAUCACCAUAAUCAGUCAGCAGUGAACCGAACUAGUGCAAGUAAUGUGAAUGCUAGUGAUACAACAACAACAACACAACAUCCGAAUGCAUAUCCUUCCAACGGCACCAACCCAACUUCAAGUACAGAACGAUCGCGUAAAUAUCCAGCGCUGAUCCUAACAGACGAGGAGAAACGCCUGUGUAAGAAGGAAGGCAUUCAUUUGCCGGAGCAUUACCCGUUGACGAAGGCCGAAGAACGUGAGCUGAAGCGGAUAAGACGCAAAAUUCGGAACAAACGUUCGGCACAAACCAGUCGAAAACGAAAACAG